CUCUAGUUCUUUCCUUCUUUUUUCCAGAUGGUGAUUCUUGAUUUGCAUACAUAUGUCUUCGCCCAAAAAAAAUAUGGCGCUAGAUUAAUUAUACUCUUUUUCGGCCCGCUACUAUUUGACGUAAGUUGAAGAGCUUUAUUCUUGUUGCUCUUUUGCCAACUACGUUACCUCCAUUGUUUCCGUAGUUGUCCUGUUGUUCCUUUAUGUCCGCGAAGGUGAACUUUUUGUUUAACAUCUCCGUGUCUCCUACACUGUCCGCGACAAUAGCUACGUAUGGAGCUUUAGAGUCUGUAGCUAGCGAUGUGAUCUGACAUGUGGCACGGUAAGGUGGUGAUAUCCUCCUGCUGCUUAAUCUGUACCUGCUACAGCUACUUAUCUAUCACGACAUUUCUCUUGUUUAUUACAACUAGAUGUACUCAUUUGAGAUGAAGAGUAUGGACCUAUUCCAAUCCACAUGGAAAAGAACGGAUUACGCCUCGAAGUCUAGUUCAGCAAAGACUUCUGAGUUGUCUUUACCUUGGCCUAUCGAUGGAUCGAUGGCCUGUCGAUGGGGCCAUCUCUUGUCCUGCAUACGUGAACGAUCUUCAUCUGAAUAUCUCGCCGGCGAAGUUUCACCUGGUGGACCUAGUGGGCGCAUGUAGAAGAAUCCUGCAUGGAUCUUCAUGAAAGAAGAGGUGGGCAAGGCGGCAUGCGAAGGCACCUUCUCCGGUUGACGGCAUCAGCAAGCUAUUAGCAAAAAAGAAAGGGGAUUCUCCGCUUCGUCACAUCUCUACUAAUGUCUUUUAGAAGAAGUCGCUUUAUCAGCCUUCAGAGGACUCGUAUUGCCGUCAAGCGGGGGCAGAAGAAAUCUUGUACUUCGAGAGGGUAAGAAGUCAGUCGCACUAGCACGAUCUAGGCGCUACUAGCUCACCCUCUUCUUGAACAGCACGAUACUUGAUGUUUUCGUUCCAGAACGAAUAAGUGUACGGUUAGACCAGCACUAGCUCGGUCUCGGCGUCGACGUCAAGGACCGAUACGACAAAAUGCCGCCGAUUAUAGUGUGGCGGCGCAGGUGGCACCUGCUGAGCACCGACGAGAUUUGGAUUUUCCACUCCAUGAUGCAGAGCAUCAACAUUACCAUUCUCACGAUGUAUCUGUAUAUCUCCUUGCCGAUCAUUCUUCUCGAAGGCAAAUGGUUCGGCGUACCGACAGUAAUGGUAUAAGUAUAUAUAUAUUUUUUUUUCAAUGCGUACGUAGUUAUUCAAUUGAUGCAUUUGAUUGCUUCUGAAGUGCAUAAGAUGGCCAUGUUGUAUGGCUCGAUGUCUACAAGAACCAUCCAAAAUCUUCAGGUGGCCAUGUUGAUUGUAACGAUUAUAGCGGACAAUUGUGUUAGUAUAUGGAGUCGCAAGUUAAGGCCUCUGCUAAUCUGUCUAUCUCUAAUAUACACUACUUCCACUAAUAUGUUCUUGUAUGGGAAUGAAAGAAUCGCCCGUCAAGCGCAUCAAUAUACUUCAGCAGGGAACAUCAAUACCCUUGGGGAGAACAACUAACAGCAUCUACUUCUGAUAUUAGAAAGACACGCAGGCACAUCCACAUAUUAUCUAUGGAGAUCAUCAUGGAAGGUUGGAGAGAGAGGAUCCUCAGCUGUUAAUAUUAUUAUUAUUAUUAUUAGAAAUACUAACAGGGCUCCGGCCUGCCUACGAAAUCGAAGGUGAGACCUAUGGGGCUGACAGGAAGACGAUAGCGCCGGCGCGUAGUUAGAUAGGAGGACACUUGGCGAGAGCUGCCCUUUUCUCUUUUCUAUCUUCCUCUGGUCCUUCUUUUUUCUAGUUAGGUCUGCUCCACCACAAUUAUUUCAACUGCUAACAGUUAGCUUCUCUAAGAAAUGGAUUUUUCCACGAUGUGGAGGGGACGCGCGACAGAGUAACGUUCUGGGUAGGCAUGAUCAUCGUUUGGAAGAUUCUACUUUUGAUCCUGUUGACCUAUGACCUCGAUAUUAGUCCGCGGCCGCUGGUGGAGCUGCCUCUGUUAAGACUUCCCCUAAACCUAGUACAUCUUCAGAGAAGUGAUUCUAGGACAGACGUACGGACUGCGGGCGGGAAACGGAUAUUAUCCUUUUCCUCCUUGAAACAAAUUGAAAAUGACAGGUAACUUGUAUCAUACAGGAUGUUGAAUACAAAUUGCCUGAGUAAAAAAAUUCAUAUCGAUUAACACCGGAAGAAUCUUCAGGGAGGAUGGAUUUGGAUAAGGGUGAGCUCUCCUCUCUAACAUUGCAAAUAUCGGCGGAAAGAGAUGCAAACACACAAACAACACCGGAGUCGAGCAGUUGGCUAUGGUUGUACUCUUCGAGCACACCCGCGCCGGCGACAAAUAUGUACGCCGGAAGCAUCCGAGACGCGUUCGAAAAGCCGGCAUGGGAGUACCAAGAAUUGGACGAGUUGGUUGGCGAGAUCGACGAUGAUAUACCUGAUAUUAUGUCUCUGGCUCUGCUUUGUGUAUGUGUUUGCGCGGCUCGUUGCUUGAACGGAUCCUGUUGAUAGAGUAAUCUUAUCAAGAACACAAAUACUGCUUAUUUAGUACAAAAAUGGACGGCACUAGCGGCUGCGUCUGCGGCAAUUGAUCUAGUCGCGCCUUACUUGUUUCUUCAUGAUGAACUAGAAGCGAACUGGUCAACAACUGAGUCAUUAUGUGAGACGUUGCUAUUAACAAGUGAAUACUAGUACUCCAAUCUUUAUUGUUGACACCUUAAGGUUAAGCAGAUGAGGGUAUAUGACGACGACCUAAUUCUAUGAUCAUCUUGUUUUCAUGCAACGUCGAGGCAUCCUGUCUACUUACUAUUUAUGCUAUCCUAUUCUCUCGUCCUUGGCUCUCCCGCCCUCCUGCGUCGCGCAUAGAGAUGUAUUGUACUCCUUCUUGUUUACUAGAAGUACGCUAAUUUUGGUGGUAAACAGGAGUUCAUGGGCGGGUCGUUCGUGCAGACCGCGACUGAGCAAGGAGAUCAUUUGCACGACAUGAGCCAUGCGUUAAGGCGUAGAUAUUUCUUCCGAUCCUGGUCUCGCUUGAUAUCCCACAGCUUGAUAUUUUUCCUUCUUGAGAAUCAUUAGUAACGUAUGGGAUUGAAAUCGUAUCCAAUCCCUCUCUACUUUCUUCCUUUGCCGGCGUCUAACAUGAAAGCGAGUUGAUUUUUACAAGGACAGCCGCCCUCUGUGAAAAGCAACUGUUUAUAAUAUAAUUCUGCUUCGUCGUCUAAGAAGAGGAGGUCUUCAUGGUCAGGACGAGUUUCUUGAUGAAGAUGGAGGUAAGAAAACUUCGAUGGAUUCGUCAUCCUCAUCGUCAUCUUGUGGUUCCGAUUCUUGCGGUGGAGGGACGACCUCUGAAGAUGAAAAGAAUGGCAAAGGCUCUAUUGGUAGUAGUUCUAGCUGUUGCGGUGGCGCCGCAGACACAGAGAAGUCGAACUUGGAGAGUGAUUAGGGGUUACUAAUGCGAAUUCACAUGCCAAUGCCAAAGAGCAUAUUUCUUGACUCACACAAUCAUCUAUCUUCUAGAAGUAGCGUCUUGGCUUCGGCCUCGCUGUAGUCUAAAAAAAAAAAAAACUAGUCGUUUGCUACGGGCAGCACUAUCAGAGACGCACACAUGGCAUGGAACAAGUAGCUUUGCAAAUCCAAAGCACUGGAUGAAGAACCCCGUUCGAAGUCAGGUUUAAAAGCAGGCUGUAGAGGAUCACAGGAGUAUACAUCAUAGUCCUCAACAUAGAUCAACAUAUGGAUUAUAUGCAAGCACCAGGCUUCCAGAUUUAGCACCAACUAUAGUGGAAAGUUCUAAUGCCGUAUUGACGAGGACGAGCACCAAGCGAUGACAGCCUCAGCUCGACAGCUCUCGGGAAAGGAUUUAUUGUCGCUGGCGAAACCCUACUGCGAGAAAAUCGUGCCUACGACUCCUGAAUAUAAUUCUUGAUGUCCUGCUUUUUUAGUCACAACUCAUUAUUCAUUGUCCUGUAGUUUCACUUUUAGUCCACUCGGUUGCGAUUCAUUAAUGAAUUUAGAUUUUCUCUGGCUUGUCGUCCUCGUCGAAAUUGAAAUACCUUCUAACUUACUUCCAUUCUUCGAAUACGUUUAUGCAGAAUGAACAUGAUGAUUUAGGCAAGUAUGUAAGGUCGUCGUAAAUUACAGUAAGCAUAAGCUAGAAACGAAACUUCGUAAAGGGGUAACUAAAACUUAAUUCAUGGAUACCCGAUGCAACAAUAGCAUUUUUAACACAAGCGGAACAAUCUGCAUAGCGGAGUACCAACUACCCUGUCACUUCAACCUCAUCUAUAAACCAAUUUAUUAUAAUAACAUGAGUAGCAUAUCAAACCUAAUAGAAUAGAAUAAGUACUAGAAUACGACGCCUUCUUCAUAGUAGAGCAGAACUUUGGGAUAGAAGGAGGGUUGGAAAGAAAGACAAGCUGCAUAAGGUUUGAUCCGAAGGGUCCCCGAGAAAUGUUGGGCCUUGCGCGUAGCGCAAACAGACAGCUCGAUGAGAUCGCACUCUAUCCGCGUGCAAUGGCCACAUUAUGCCGGAAAGAACUCAAAGUUUUCUUACUUACACUUUGAAUUUGUAAUUGUAUCGGAAGUGGGCACCACUGGGUCUCCAUGGGUUUGAUAUUAGCAAAUAAUUGAUUAUUCAGAUUUGAUAGAAUGAAAACAUCACUAUCAGACUUCUCAAGGUCAAGAUCUAUUGUCGAUAUAUCACGAAGAUCUACGACGUAAUUAGUUGUUCCUCAACCUGAACGAAACACCACGAUAGAGUUAGCAUUAAGAUGAACGUCUAGAUACGUAUCCAUCAGGAACCAACUAGAAACCAUAGAUGAGUUACUAGUCCAGCAUAGAGUUACUAGCACCAUGGUGUCAUAGUGCGUCCAUCAGAUCACGAGUUAGUAGACCAUUUUCACCUGCGGGACGAGGUAGAAAGAUUUCGGAGAUGAUGUCUGUAGACUAGAUGAAGUAGAGAGUGAACAGUAACCAAGGAAUUACGAAUGAACUAAGAUUAAUAGAAAUGCGAAAGCGAAUGACACUUCUCAAGAUGAAUGUUAAGGCUACAAGAAAUCCAUCUUCACGUGCAUCCUGAGACCGUUUCCAAGGGGAAAAAGGUUCUAAGAUGCGUCUCAAGACGGAUUUCUCUUGGGUCUAAGAGUGGCCAUUUCUUAUCGCAAGUGCGAGAAUAGCUCUAAUAAUUCCAACAGAGGAGCUGGAAAGCGACCAGGAUGAAGAUCUCCGACGCGCGUAUAAUAUGAGGGAAGAAGCCGCCAAGGUCAUAGGAAUGGAAGCUUACGAGUGGAAACGGCAUAAGCGAACUGCUCGGGUUCUAGCGAGCACGGGAGACCUCUUGCCACCUUUAAGAACAACAAUGAAAUUUUUGAAAACAAUGAUAUGAAUAUUGUCUAAGCGUAGCUUUAUAGUUUAUACAGUGGUUCUGAAAAUAACAAGUAUAAUCUGUUUCGUGUUUCCCCUGAUCAGUAUGUGUGACGCACUGGUGAUGUUCUUUCUAACGCUACGUGGCGGUCGCGUAAGUCAGCUUGGGAUUCUUGUCUACGAUAUAAUCGCCGAGGAGGAAGAUGAUGAUGUUUAUCAACAAGAAAUGGCGCGCAUCUUAAGGCUAGCGCUUCUUCAAUUUACAUACACACUUAUAGCGUUUGUCAUUGAGAUUGAUUUUUUCAAAGUCAGAAGAUCAACAAAAACUUUUGUUGCACAGGGAAAUUGAAAUAUGAGUUUCUUGUUGUCUGUCCAAAGGAGAUUAAGAGUAGUAUCAUUGUCAAUUUAUUAGUCCUGAGGUAGUCAGCAUCAAGUGACAACGAUGUCGACGGUGCCUAGUAGCUAGUGGCUUAGUAUAGUAAUAUCCUAAAGCAUGAUAGAAGAUAUUUUUUUUUCCCCAUGCAGGCCCUGCUCACAAUAUCUUCCAAAGUAGAGUUGUGAUCAAAUAUCAUCUUGUUCAAAGUAAGAAAUUAAAAUGUAUAAAUGUAAUUCUGCGCCGUUUGUUCUCGCUCCUACUUGCUCCACGGGGGAAGACGAAAGCACAUACAGCCUGCAUAGAAAACACUUUUUUCCGUGUGAGGACAAACGGGGACAACGGGAAGCAUUUUCGAAUAUUGAGCAGGAACUUAGGUCCUCUAAGAAUCAUGGUGUCGAAGAUGAGAGCGAAAAACGGAAACGGAAGCGGGCAAUCUUAAGGCCUCUGCCAGCUGUAGUUAGAAUUGAUGAGUGCUUCUUUCUGGUACGAAGUGUCAUGUACCUCUUUAACAAACUGGGCAUCCUAGAACAAGUUUUCUCCGCCUUUGGGAUUAUAUGCCAUGAGUCAUUUUUUAAUUCAUUAAUAACGAGACUUAGAGGGAGAACAGCACGACCUGUGAAGUUUACAAGAGAAUUUGCAUUGAUAGCAACAUGAAGCUGUUUUUUUGGGAAGACCUUUAAGGACUAUUGGCGUCUCGAAUCGGCGAAGCUGGACCUGAAGGUGCGUCGGCAACGCCAACGCGGCCUGCAACUGCAGCAACUCGAGCGAAUUCAGCAGCAGUGGUUGAUGCACAAGGCAAUAUCGAACGCGAAGCGGUUGUAAAACAAGACAGCCGUUCUUCGUUUUUAGCUUCUCCAUCCAAUGAGCUGGAAACGGAGAGUAGUCCACGUUCUUCGCAUGAUAAGAAGGCAGGUGUUAGGGCUACUGCUAAAGCAUCCUCAGGCUCGGCUCCGGCACGACUAUCCCUUGCCCUUUUUCCAUUUGAAAAAGAAGCCAAGGAUGCUCUGAAGGAUGCGAAUUUGGUAGCGCUAAGACAGCAGGCCGUGAUGGCGAACUUACGUCGGUGGAUGCCGGUGAACAUUCGGAACCCACGGCGUCGUCUUUUUUACAGUCCUCCUCAUCUUCCUCAUGUUGCGGCGGUGAUGACGGAGCGGCUGAGGAGAAAAACAAGGAAUAUCAUGCGUACUAUACGAAUUCCGGGGCUUUGAUGCUGGUGCAGACGGGAGAAACUCUAGGUAGCAUUUUCCAGUAUGAUCGGAUGAUCCGACGUGCCGGAGCUGGCGACAAGGUCGGUCAUCGCUGGGCCUACGUCUUGGAAGAGAAAAAGGACUACUUUUCCCUCAGACUCCUCACUAUGAUGCUAAUACAAAAAAGUAGUUCUGAUUGCGUUGAAAUAACGCCUCUUCAGAUGAGGACUGUUCAAUAUGAUCAUCACAGUCAAGGGGUAUUGAGAUUGACAACUUCACUACUAUGCUUUUCAUCACCAUAUGAAGCAAAAAGUUGUGCUGAUAGUGUUAACUCGCCAACAAGAAUUGGAAUUCUAUCUCUAAUAGAGUCUAUGUAUGAGUAGAAGGAUGAUUUUAUAUAUCACCAGGUGAAAGAAUAGGAAGGCGUAUAAUGCCAUGGGAGUCAUUAUAAUGUAGUAUUAUUUUGUGUUUUCCCUAAUUAGGUCUGCUUCAGCACAAAUUAUAAUAUAGUAUAUGAGUACGUGGUCCCGACAUCAAAGUCUUCUAACUAUACUUCGAAUGAGGAGGACGCUUCGCCCGAAAUUCGGAAGUUGAUUUUAAGGGCACUCAGAUCGACCCUGAGCACAUCUCCUUACCGUCGUAGAGAAUAACACGAGCUCCUUAUCAUUUACAUUUCAUCAACACUUACACUGUCAAUGUUAAGUAGUAACUAAGAGUGAGUCUACGUUGUACUUGUAAGCAAUAACAUGAACGUUGUACUUAGUUUUCCUUAUAUCGUAGACUCUAGUUCCGUUUUUAUUGUUCGCAGUUUUUGAUAAUUUCUUUUAUUCCUAGAGAGCUUCCGCCGUCUUACGUUUCAUUCUCGGAAUAGUUGCAGAUAAUUAGCGUCAGCUGUCCAAUUUCCAAUUAGCAUGUAGCGACGUCUCGUCACCUCGUCUAAUGAUUUCGCAAGUAAGAGCAGCUAAGGCUAGCUUCGAUAUGCACAGGAUCCUACAUUCGUUUGGGAAUACCGAUUCGGAACGUGAUGAGAUAGAGGCCACGGUCAACCCCCUGUCGCCCGAUAGCGAUACAUCUACCGGCGCGCGCUCCAGCUAUAUCUCGUUAUGGUUCCCGCCUCAAAUCACUUUUUCGACGUCUACUGCUUCCUUCCAUACACAGACAAAAAAAUUUUGAAAGAAAGCUGAAUGAAUGAAUCUAAAAGAAAAUGGAGAUUUGAGAAAUUCUUCGUCUUGCAGCAGUUGCAACCUCCUUAGUCUCCUCGCUAUGAAAAUGCUAUUCCUAUUACAACUACUCACAAUGUCAAUGGCCACCAUAGAAGUACUAUUUAUUUCUACAACCAGAAGUAAAAACACCUGUUUUACUAAAAGAUCAGUCACGACAGCACUUACUCCUCCGUUUAUCGGCUUUGUUCAUUCUUGAAGACAGAAUCGUGGCCGUGGACGGGCAGUAGCACGUCGGGCUCCUCGGGUGGUUUUCCGGAUGAUCCAGAGAAUUCGUCUAGCGGUUUACUUAAGACUGGUGUUUCGUCAACAUUCGAGCGGCUUCUCACAGUAAAUGUAAACAUUAGACAUGAUCAUUAUAACUCCAUUGACAAAGCGAAUUAACAGACACAAGAACAUUAACAUAAUAUGUAGAAUCUAUUUGGGUAAGAAUAUGGAUACGCGGAAGAUAGGAGAUACCUACGUAGAUCAUCACACCUGGGCUCAGGUAUUAUCAUGAGCAUACCCCUGUCGGUUUGUGUAACUUGUUUCGGUAAUUCUAGUUUCACUUUUUUUGUGCUGAAAGGGCUUUCCAAUGAGACGUAUUGUCGUUUGAAUAAGUAGUUGUGCAUUUGUCCUUGUUCUCGUGCUUUUUUUGCUGAAAUAGAUCAUGAUCAUCAACAUAGAAGUCGUGAAUUUUUCAGGGUGCUUCUUCUUCCUCUUCCUUUCCCUCCUCUUCUUGGAGUGCUGUUCUAUCGACAAAAAACCUGCGGCACUAAUCUACGAAUUCCAACUGUCCGUGGUAGUGGUGGUGAGGAUGUCGACAUUCAGAUGCCAAAUGGUAUUAGAGGGCGUAAAAAUUAAGGCUUUAUUCACCUUAAUUUGAUAUCCUUCAACACGUCCACUACGUAGGUACAUAUUCGUAUUUAUAGUUUCAAAUCCAUCGUUCAAAUGGCAUAGCAAUUCUUUUAUCUGAUUUGAAUCUUUCUUCUAUGAUAGUAUCUGAGUACUUUUUGUAUGCUCCUGAUAUCUGCAACUGAAGCUGCACGUGCACCUGCACAUCUUCGUCCAUGGAUAUUUCAGUUUCUCUAUUUUGAUCGACUUUUUGCAUACGAAGUAGUACUAUACAUUUAGGGUAAUUUUUCCUUGCUUUAUAGCUUCAUCAUAUUUAUAUACCUAAAAACGUCUUGAGGUACGUUAUGAUCUGUGAACUUUGAAUGUGUUUCUUGAUGUGGAGUCACUGUUAUAAGUAGUUGACUCAUGAUAUUGUGUUUCAAAGCAAUACUAGCAAGAAACAAAGUGGAGCUCCUUCUGCGAUUGAACGUUUUCUCUAAUCGCAGAUGGAGUCGAAGCCGUUGACGUUUUGGAAGUCGCCGGCACUGCGGGGCGUCAACUUUUUUAGCCGCAGAAAAGCAACAAUUCCAAAGACGGGUCAGCCUAAUUAUGGUGCCACUUAAGCACUACCACUAACCUCUUCUAAAUGUACUCAGAUAGUAUUAUACACGUACCACAGGGAGGGAGGCCCCCCCUCCCUCCACCUCGGUGGAUGGGGCUGUGGUGGCGUCGGCGCGCCCUUUUUUCCGCGGUGGUGUGAGAAUUCGCGGAGUGAAAGCCUCAAAAAGCGGAGCCGGAGCCCCCUUACGGCUCUCCGCGUGUACCUCGCAGGCGUCCCGAAUCAGGGGAGCGGCCUCCGGGGGUAGAAGUCCGCCGAAGGCGGCCACGGCCGCGAAGCCUGGCCCCUUUUGCUGGGUUGCCUUCAUCCCCCCAAUUGGUGGCAGCGUGAGCCCCCAACAAACGCCCGGGGGGGGUUGAGGACCAAAGGCGAGGAGGAGUGGGGGCAAAGCGUGCCCGCCUGGGUUCUGUCGGACACGUGCAGCUUCGGAGGAGGGGGCCAAGCCUUGCCACCUUCUGCCCUCGGAGGCCUCCCACCCCCCCGGGAAGCUCUCCCAGUGAGGAGCCCGCACACCGGGGAGAGGUCUGUCGGGGACAUGCAACACGGCAAGGGGGCCAAGCCUUGCCACCUUUGCCGCCUUCAGAAGCCUGCCACCGCCGGCCGUCGGUGCUUGAACGGCCUCAAGGGCUUGGGUUCUGUAGGGUACACGCAAGAAGCCGCGAGGGCGCGAGGGUGGGCGUUUGGAGGCCUUCCCGCCUGCCAGUGAAUCGGAGAAAAGGGCCCGGACGAGCUGGAGGCCCCUCCCCCCGCCGCCUCCCUAGAUCGGGAGGGGGAGUCCAGCCCUGAGCCUCGGAACAUAUAUAGGCUUUAACCUAACCGCGCCGUAGGCAUAUCAAUAUACGCGCCUAAACUAACCACGCGCACGUUCGGGCAACAAGAGCAAAGUAGUACUCCUCUAUAGACCGACCUGAACAGAUUGUUUCUAUUGCUUCGUCUGCUAAUAUGAAUAGAUCAUGAUUGUUUGUCGCUUUUUAUAGACUUUUCAUAGAUACGUCUUGGUGUCCAGUAGACCACUAGAUGAGUCACUUCUAGCAGAGAAACCAGAAGCACCGCCAACCACCGGAAUUACCUAGGUACCUGUAAUUUGAUGCAUCUGUAGUCGUACUAAGACCGGAAUUCUAGGUACGCAAAAAUUUACAUUACUAGUACUUCAUAGAAGAAGAUGCAAGAAUCGGAUACAACAACAAAUAACAAUACAGUAAUCUUAUGAUCUAAGUAUCCAAGAGCAUACAUACACUUAUGACAGAUAGGAAACUACAUAAAAAGGCCCUCCCUUCCCGUGAACGUCAAUUACUUUCGACCUUUUUUAUGGAAACCGAAGUCCCUUUAUUUCUCUUAGAGGUUUAUUGCGCAGAAAAACAUUCUUGUAGUCUCUUAGUUUUUCAUGUUUUGUGGCCGAAAUUGGUGCGGGUCCGUAUGUCUCUGCGGCAGGUGUAUCCUCCGUCUUUCGGCCUCCAAGCGAACAGCACCUACUCAAGCGCUGUGCACGCGAUUUUAGGGGUGGUGCGGGCGAUCAGCUGGCUCAUGAUUACGACCAGCGAGGCUCUUUUUUCGAAUGUAUCUAUAUUAUAUGAGUUUCUAUAUUUUAAUUGUCCUCCUCUUUUUGUUUUUUUUAGUUCGGCUGUACAUAUAUAUUCGCUCUGACGGUACAGGUCACCUACCCUACCCUGAUGUGGAAGUGGGCGGCGAAUCAAUUCCUAUCCUAUCUUAUUUCUAUCAUUCAUUGAACGACAACGACCAAGAGCUUUAUUUAUCAUUCAAUCAUUGAUGUGAAUAUACUCUUUUCCAGCUACUACUUUAGGUCAAGUAUGAAUCUCGAAAGGCAUAUUAAACAGUGACAAACGUGUGCCUGGGAAUUCAGUGAAUUUCGGUGGAAAGGCAUACCGGUUUCUCGUCCAAUAAGUAAUUUUUCAGGCGUGUAGACAGUAGGACACCAAAAAAAAAGGCGAACUAGAAUGAGACGUAUGACAUAAUGACACCAAGUAAAGUAGGUAACUGUGCUGGUCAUAUCUUCUAAUACAUUUUUGCUCUUUAUCUGUGUCUUCAGUGACAUUAUUGUGGAGCAGGAUCCGGAAGAAGUUAAGGCACAUUGUUUAAUUGUGAAGACGAGCGAAUAAAAAUUGUUUUUUUAUUUGUCCAUUCUUUCAUUCAGUGUGGGUUUUUGUUGUUGACGAGCUUGAGUUGUAUUUGGAAUGACGCGAUGGGUGUAGUUUCGCUACUUUAUUCAAGAUGAAAAUGUUGAUAUCGUGAUUUUGUCGAUAAAAAAAAGAAUAGUCCUUGGGUGGCGAGUGGUGCGUCCCAACUGCAACUUCUAAGGACAACUAUAGCUUUCGCACGUUGCUGUAUGGAUGUAUUUUCGCCGAAGAUCGCGAAGGUCGAUCGAAGCUGGAGAGAAUGCGGUACGUCCAUCAUCUGUGAGUUUCGAUACACUUGUUUUUAUUCUUGCUAGCUUUGCUGCAUGCUUGAAGUUGAACUUCAACGUUCUAUCCAUUUCUGAGGCUAGCUCUAGCAGUAGCGGUGACAUAAUGCUACGGACUAUAUGUAAUGCCUUUCAGUGUAUUGGUCAUGAAUGAAAUCCAAAGAAGACCCACCAAGGUCCACAGGGUUGAGCCACUGAAAUGACCAAGAUCGCCAGGCGAAACUGUAAACCGUGGGCGCCGUUCCAAGCGUCACGGCCAUGGUCGAGGCGGGCGUCUGUGGUCUCUCUCUCCUCUGUCUCUCGUUCGUUGUUUCAAAUCUCUCAGCUCAGUCAAGGACAAAGCACCACGCGAAAGCCCUCAGGGAAGCCGCUCGACCAAAAUCGAACGCGCCGAGGUCGGGCAUCAAGGUGACCAGCAGGCGGGUGGCCUUCGGCGUUUCUCGAUAGAAGAGGUAGCGCGCUUUCGUUGCUCGCUGUGCGUAGCCGUGUGCGUGCGGUCUUAUCAGUUCCGCUCGCCAUAAUAUUGAAUACGCAGGAAGAUCGUCGAGGCGUAUCCUCGUGGCAAGUUCUUGCGUGAUCGGAUGCGUAUCCAUCCAGAAGGCUCGGUGGGGUCUCCACGUCAGGAGUAUCGACAUCGAUGGCCGUACGACGUUGAUAGAUCAUAGCGAUAGCGUGAAGGUUUCCAUAUGGGCACAGGAGAUGCCGCCGAUCCAUCAGAUCACGAUACCCCGCGAAACAGCAAGGACGUCCCUGCAGCCCCAAAACGAAUACCCACAGCCAGGGACCAAACCACCCAGGGGCCCCACUUGUCUCAGGCUGUAGGUUCAACCUGUACCGUGUGAGAGACUCGCCCAAAGUUUCGACCUGGGAAACUGUCCACGACUCGGCGGUCUGCGUUCUUGUGGUCCAACGCAGUGGCGAUGAUAGUCCCUCGCGUCCGACUGCUUGUGAAUGAUUUGCGAAAAAUAUGCUACACACAAGAGUCGCGACGCCCUACAUGUAUUAAUCCAUUGCAAGAGUUGCAUCUUAAUACUUAAAAAACCAGCUUCCGUGCGCUGCUGCCAAGUCGCUAUCGUUUGCUGAGGCGUAUCUUGCGAUGGUACAAAGUCAAGCGAAAAAACGCAGACCGUGUUAUUCGAAACAUGUGCGGUUGGCUUGGGAUGCAAGUGCUGACUCCCUUGGAUAUGAAAUACUAUGGCUCUACCAGCACCUCUUUUCAUAACGAACCGUUGGACGUGUCCUGAAACAUCAAGAGGCUCUUGUAAGAUCGCUAGAAGAGGUUGCACUACAUGAAGCAGAGCUUCUCGUCGUCCUCAAGAAGUAAGUGGUGCAGUUCUUGAGAUUGAUUAUUGUGCGAUCCUCGAUGGGCCAUCAUACGUAUCAUCUAAAACGGUGCGUGGAUCCUUGCGCGAGGUGUAGAGUUCGGUGGUGCCCUCCCGUGCGCCUUCCUCGAACGCGGUACACAAUUGGACCCAGACGAAGAUCUCGACACCAUGCUCUUCAUCAUGACUUAUUCCGCUUAUGCCCAGGUACCAAACUAAAAACUUGUUAAUCUUGACUUUUCGAAUUGAAAAUGAUUAGCACGAGGAGAAGGAUAUUUGUGUUUCUAGGAUGGAUUACCCUAUUGGAGAGCCUCUUGUUAUGAUUUCUUCUGCACUGAUUGUAACCGGCUAAUGUAAAAAAACACGAAUUUCAUCAAAGUGUAAAUGACCUGAAACUUGCUUCUGAUGUCCUAGUAGUAAAGGAGACUUCAAUAACGUCGCUUGAAUUGGGAAUCCCCAAUGUUCCAAAACUUCAAUAUUCUAUCUCUGCAAAGAUACAGAAUACCUUUUCUUUUUAUACAUAGAAGAGUCGUCCUUGGUCGCUGACCUUUGGAUUUCCUUAGUUGUUCUUAUGUUGCUUCAUUCAGGCUAAUCUUGCCUUCCUCCAUUCCAUACAACCACAAGAUAAUACCACAGGAAUGCAGCGCUGCGUGGGAGUUUUCUUCUGAAGAUCAACUUCUACCACAAGGAUAUCAACAGAUCACUUACCGCCUGGGUUUACAACUUUUUAGUCUAUACAGAAGAGUCGUUUCUCAAAUUGUAAGGCUGAUAACAUUGUUGUUGCUGUACCAAACAUCCAGGUCGCCUAUGGUUUUCAGGGUGUGAAGAGCAAGAGUCUCUGCGAGAAAGUGAAAUCAUUCAUCUGCAGCUGCGGACAAGCGGAAGGGGAAAAGCUGUUCGAAGAUGCGACGUCCCAGAUGUUCGGUAGUGAAGUAUUCGGUAAGGCAGGCAUAGCGAAGAAAAGCAAGAAGGAUAUUGAAUGUUAAGAAAUAGGCGGAAAUGAAUAUUUGUGGAACAAAAUGAUCAUACAUUAUACUUUUAGAAGUUCAAUAUCAAUGAUUUCAACCCAAUGAUCCGUGAUUGAAUAUAGGGUGAGUAAGAGUAUCUAUUUCUAAAAGAAUUGGAGUGACAGAGCGCUCUUCUUGUAGAAUCUUGCUGUUCAGGAUAACAAGGAACGAGGAGCCUGACACUAUUACAUAUAGUAGAGGAGCAGUCUAUUUUUAGACGCUGGCUACGCUGGGUGGCUGGGCGGCCACGCUGGGCACGCUGGGCGGCCACACUGGGAACGCUUGGCUGACGCUCGGCGGACUACUUGAGGGCCACGCAUUGGGCACGCCGAGCCCAUGCGGCUGAUUUUUUUGCGCCUCUGGGACGUGGUGCUGCGCGUCCCCUGAGCACAAACAAUGGCGCGUCGCCGCCCUCAAGGUUCCGCUUCCGGGCAGCGCGGGCGUUGUGCUGCGCCGGGUUGCGCAGUGGCGGCCUGCUCCCGCUCUGUGCAGGCUUGCCCUGCGUUGUGCUUGUGCUGCCUUGCGCUGCUCGGUGCAAUGCUGCGUCGCUUUUGUUCAUAACGGCCCCGGCGGCUGCGUAGUUCCCCAGCGUCGUUGGCCUACGGUAGCGUAGCACUGCCGGGGGGAUUCUCAAGCGGGCGCCCUUGGGCGCCCCGCAUUUUGACACGACAAGCGUCACGCUGGGCGCAGAAUUCGGCAGAUCUGGCACAUUUGGGUCGCCCAGCGACCGAGUGUGCCCAGCGUGCCCAGCCCAGCCAUGUUGGGGUAGGUUAUAAACUGUGCUAAUAUUUUAUAAUAGGUGAGAAGUAUUCUCGAAGUAGUUAUUUGAUUCCAGUUCCACUUCCACGGAUCUCUUAUCUCAGACGGCGACAAGGUGGACAAGCUCAGCACUUUUUCUUUCUUCUUUCAUGACGAAACGGUCAAGUAAAUCACACUGACUCUAUGGAAACGGAAGUUGUUCCCUGCUCUAAUUACGGGAGAAGGAUAUUAGCGAUUACAUGAAGUUGCUGCAGCAGCGACAGCGAAGUUUGCUCAUCCGAAGCUCAAACGAUCUUCAAAAUUUCAACGCUGCAGCGGUCAUCAGAGCGAACGAGAUUGGGCGGCCAGUUAUGUUGACAACGUGCACAGAACUUUUACUACCCCUGCUCUCGAACCAAAACUCCUCUGCUGUGUGCCCUUUUUUUCAAUUGAUAGAGUCUGAAGCUGGUCGAGGUCCUGAUGGUGGUCUCCGGGUCAUGCUGAAGAGCCUUCCACGCAUAACAACUGCCUGGCCGCAAAAGGCAUCAAGGUGUCAAACUUCAGUGUGACUAGUAAGGGAUUAAUGAUCUUUUUGAUCUUCUUCUUUCAUACAGGUUUCGAACUCCCUGUCGUGAAAAAUUCCCAUUCCAUAUUUUGGCUUAUCAUCUUGAAUUUCUUAAGCAUGUCCUCUUGCUUUUUUUUCAUACCCGUCUCGGAGAUUGCUGCGGAGGCCAACCCUGAGAUGACUGUGCUCUUGCGGAUCAUGGCAAGCCGAUUUGCCAUUGGUUAUGUUGCAGUGCACUACCAGCACCUUUUUGCACUUAUCAAGAAAUGGUCGCCGAUGUACUCGACGCCGAAAACGCGCUGGAUUGCUGCAAUUAUGGAGGCUUCGAAGUGUAACAUAAGCCCUUUACCUCAAGAAUAGAUACAUCAAUCAAUCAAUCUUCAUCACAUGCAGUCCUGUCUAUUCCUAUUGUGAUUGAGAAAAAAAUGAUUUUAAGUAUGGGUAUGGUAAGCGCAGCGCAUUUGGAGGCGACUUUUCUUUCAUGCAAUAAGCUUGAGUCCAUUAUAUUUAUAUACGGGUACCAGUGCACCUGCAGCAGUGUCUCACUAUCAGUAGCAAUAUCCUUCUCUAUUUGCCUGAAAUUAGAAGUGCACGUUGGAACUACUUUGUGUUAGACUUAGAGUUCAAAAAAUGGUAGUAAUUACUGCCUUUCCUUAUGUACUAUCUUUAUUAUGUAGUUGGUGCUGUGUCAGUGUCUCUGACACAAGGGCAAGACUCCAUGAGAUAAUCGUAAUAAUUGUUGAAUUUUUCUCUAGUGGAAGGACGAUCGCUCCUAAGUUUAUCUACACGAUUUUGCGCCUUUGCAAGCACACGCGACGGCUCUCCGUCGCUUUAAGCGUUGACCAAAUCGAUGACGUUUUGGCGACAGACGGCCCCCGGGAAGUGAGUGAUUAAGGACUUGGCUUCUCAUUUUCUUAUUCUUAUUAUCGAGUAAGCUUCUUAUCUUCUCAUUAUCGAUUUUAGUUAAGCUGAAGCGUCGUGUCAUCAUCCGCAGCGGAAUCCCACUAGUAAGAGUGACGUUGACGGGAAGGAACUACAAUGGUUAUGCCGGCGGGGGAUAUGUGACUCAUAUUCUGUUGAAAUCUAUUGCUAUUCGUAUUCUCAUCAGCCAUCGGUCUAUACUGCUAAUGAUAUAUGAAAUGCGAUGGCAUAACUGAUGUUGAGAAAGAUCAUAAGGAGGCCUGAUAAGGUUCUACCUCUAAAGCCUGUACCAGAAAAGAUACCCCACGCUGCAUGCAGAGGGAGAGGCGGCCAUCCACGCGGGCACUGCUGCACACCAUGGUCGAGGCCGAGUCCGUACGAUGACGUGCACUACACACCCGGGAGACGAUUUCGGUAUUGUGCUCGACGACGGUUUCCAGGUCGUUGCCGUCAAGCGGGACUCGCUUGCACACAAGGCCGGUUUGUGCGUUGGCGAUUCACUAAGCGCUGUAAACGGAAAGUCAGUAGUUCGCACCGAAGAACCCGGACGAGCUCGCUCAUCUUCCCUAAAUAAUUGUCCAACUGGAGUUAGGCCUGAGUGAUACUACUCCCCAAGGAGUUGUCGACAUAUCUUCUAUCUCUAAGUAUUUUUUUUUCUGAAGAGUUUUCAGUAGUAGUUCUCAACAUUUUUGAUCCGAUUCCGAUGGCGUUCUUGGCAGCAUGUUCUAUUUUUAUAUGCAGAUCAGCAUAUUUGUUUACCUUGUUCUACCCUGAUGGGCGUCGCAGGCUGAAGCAACCAAGAACAAGUCUAAGGUUAGCGGUCGAGGAUCGGCGAAUCUCCGCGGGAGGAGUCCUUCGGGGGUCGGCGUGCAACGGCGACGCUCUAGCUCUGGUAACUCCGGCUCUCCGAAGCAUGAAGCACUGUCUGCUAGGAAGAUAUUUCUGCGACGACAUAGCGGCUCAGCCGCUGGGCACAGCGCCGCAGGUCUGCAAAGACCUCAUCACGACCGGUACGAUCCUUUUUUCGACGACCUCGUACGUCAGGGCAACGGGGACGCAAGAGUUCAGAGGGCAGAAGGCGAAGCUGCUUCUUUUGCGGGCUCUGGCAGUUCUCUCCAAGCCCUGCGGGGUGACAUCGAGUACCAUCCCCUGCAGCACAUGACAGAAAAGCUGGCACAGAGCGCGGAAAAGCUCACCAUAGAGUUCCAGCGUUACACACCUGGGGGAAGCACUGUGAUGGAAGGGACGGGGCGGAGGAGCAGCGACCGAUCCAGGAUAGGUAGUACUGCAACGAUCCGUGAUAGCGCGGCCUCUCGCGUUGUUCACAGCUUCGGUUCAGCAAGUAUGAACACAAAUGUGAUUUUUUCUAAAAAAUAUAUUUAUAAAUACAACCAAGCGCAAGCCGUUUAAUUAUUAUUAUGGAGAAGUGAGUGUUCAUAAUACCUGGGCAUGUCUACGGAGAAUGAUCCAACAUGCAUAUUGAAAUGAAUACUCAAGAAGCACUUUGUUCCUGGAAGGCUAAAAAGCGUCACAAAUAUUACGAAUGCAAUUGGAGUUACUUAGAUGAAAAGGUCUAACAUGCGCAGAUCCGGUACUCAGAGCUUUGGCACGGGAGGCACGUGGGAUGAAGCUGAAGACAGUAUGACAGUAAAAUCUAGUCCUCUGAUUCAACACGGGCGUGGUGGAAUCGUCCAGAGUCUGUCCGUGCAGGAGAGCGCCAACCGGGAGUUGGCCGACGCAUUGGAUGCCGGCGUCGUGCGGGAGCUCGACUGGGGCUAUUUGAGCCCGCUCGAAAAGAGGAUCCCGCUUUUUGCACAGAUGAAACAUGACUGGGAACAGGAAGUGCUGGCAGAGGCCGAGUUACACCGAGAAAUGCGACGGCAAGAACGCGAAACCCUGGAGAAGAAGCUGCUUUCUGGCCUCCGUAAGCUGCAAAUGGGCUUGCAUACGGGGGGACAGGGGCGCAGAGACGAGCUGCAAAUGAAGGUGGGCAUAUUGCAGCGCCGCAAGCGGGAACUGGAUGAGGAGAGUAUCGCGAGUGCAGAAGGGCCAGACCCUAUCACGCGGGCGGCCGAGGCGAUCGGUAGCCGUGGCGGCAUGUGCCUGGAGGAAGUCGGCAUCGAGCUGCUCUACUGCAACGCGCGCACGCAGGGUGGCGAGCGCUCGGUCUUUCAAGUUGUGCUGGACCACUUUUCAAACGCGCUGGUGAUCACGUGCCGUGGAACUACGGACGCGAAGGACGUGGUCUCGGACUGCUCCAUUGCGCCGGCUAAAUGUUUCGCGGACGACCCCGACGACGAGUAUGUCCAUGCUGCCUUUCUUGCUUGCGCGCGCUUCUGUCUCAGCUGCGUGGAGAAGGAAGGGUUCAUCCGCAUGCUUCCCGCAACUUACUCCGUGGUAACUACGGGCCACUCGCUAGGAGGAGGCAUUGCUUCGGUGCUCGGUUUCCUCAUCGCCAAGAGAUAUCCGGAAUUACUGGAGCAAAAGCGUCUGCGCUGCCUGCUCAUCGCGCCUCCAGGAAUGACUUGUUCCAAGGCACUUCGCAAAUUUUCCUUGUCCUACAUGACCACGCUUGUGUGUGGCAUGGAUGGAAUUCCUCGUAGUCGAGGGCUCUCCAUCGUUGUUUUCCGCCACUUCAUGGCGGAGUGCCUUCGCAAAGCUCGCUUUUCCAAGUAUGGUCUUCUGCACACUGAACUGUCCGAACUCAGGAGCCGCCUUUCCCACUUCUGGUACUUAAUGCAAUUAGGUACACGACUACUAGCAAUAGGUGAUCAACAAGAGUAGUGUACUACUUCAAAUUUUUUUAUGCAACACUCUCUCGGGCGCUCGCUUCCUCGUCUGUUGGAGGAGUCGGAGGUAUUUUCGAAGCAGUAUCCAGCCUCAACUUCAAUAUGCGACGCACCAGGUACAAAAUCAAUCAGUCAUCGUUUUUCCCGACGAGCCCUUUUAAUGUAUUAUUUGCGCGCAAGUUCGAGGGUGGGGAAUUGAACCGAGAGGAACGAUGCGAGGUGUUACGAACGUCCCUUCGCGAAGGAGACCGCGUCAUCGUAAAUGUGGAGGAGCUCCAGAUCUUAAGGGUUCCGGGUCGAUGAUGAUUUUUUCUCCUACUUUCUGAAAGACUGACCCCGUUUUUCCUGGACUAGUCUCCCACUUAGUCUUUGUUCUCCGAACAACUGAACUUCGUUUACCGAAGCUUUUAUUGUAUUGCGAUAGAUGAAAAUGAAUCACCAUGGAUCAUGGCUUGUUGCGGUUUCCGCUUUUUAGUAGUUUCUCUCGAGGAAUAGAAAUUCAUUCUUUAUCGACUUUAGGAGCUCUAAUGAUGGAUUGUCAUAACCAGAACGAGACGCUGCUUUGGACACAGGGCGCAGUAGCUUUUGUUGCGGAAAAGCCUGGGCAAACUGGAAUCUGGAUUCAGUUUUCGCCAGACGCGUAUAAGACGCGUCUGAUCGCUCCGGCGUGGAAGAGAUCGCUGCACAGAGGCAGCGCACGGACGCCUGCCAGGAGUGCAGCAUCUUUAAGUGGAGACGUUCCCGGUGUUCAGGCGGCCUCUGCUGGAAACUACGGAGAUGGUCGCGCAACGAUGGAUACUACUAGCAGUCGUGGUCAGGACAGUACGCAUUUCGAUUCAAGCUUAAGGCGACCACUAAAUAACAAUAUUUAAGCCUCCUGAGCAUGAUCUUCCUUGGUUGGCCUGCUCAGGGUCAGGGAUGCGAGCGAGUGCCGCGGGAGCUCUAAUAGGGAAGCGGGGCCGUGAAACGGACGGACUCAGUUCGUCGAACGCCAGUGAGUCGCACGAUGAGGCUGCUCCUCUGAACGUCAAAGUCAAUUUAAGACUCAGUAUUAUUUUUCAUUUUUUCGCGUGAUACUUUGAUAUUUGUUGGUCAAUGGUCAUUACUGGCUCAAGAUCCAAGGAAUGAACCUGAUUUCAAUGCCAAAUGACUGCUCUCACUCGUCACCUUGAUCGUGAUCAAUGCCGUUCCUUGUCUUGAACUCGUGUUAGUUCCUCGCAUGAUCAUCGUUUGAACUCAAUGAAUUCUAACAUGAACCAGCAGCAAGAUCUCCCAGAUCUUUAACUGCACCAUGGACCUUCAUGAUAUCCCAAUGACAUUGGGCCCAUUUUGAUACCAUUUCAGGGCCUUAAACAGUCAGUGAUCAUUCGGCACGUCCGUUCUGAUCGUCUUUCUGUUACAUUGCAACGAUAGCCAUUCCAUUUGCUCUCAAGAGCCUCGUAGUGCGUCUGGACGUGUUCGGGUGUUCCAACACUGUUUCAAGCCCUUGGGCCUUACCUUACUAAAGGAAAUUGCUAGUCAGUGCAUUGUAGAAGUAGUGAAAACAAAGUCGCAUCAUUUGCGCCACAAAAUGCCCGAUAUGAGUCUCGGAGAGAUUUCACCCAAACUGGGGCAGAAAUCUGAUUGGCGUGACUGGCUUCGAGCGGUAACGCAAGAAGCAGACCGCCUGGACCUAGUCCAAUACCUCAGCAACGUGUUGAACGGCAAUGCGGCAGGGGUUCCGAACCAACCCAACAACAACGACCGCAAGCUCCAGCAGAAUUGGCGAGAUUUGAAGAGCGUGAUCAUCAAGUCGCUCAAAGGUGCAGCCGAAGCACAUAUGAAGGAUCAGGAUACCACUGCAAUGAACGCUGGCGAAGUGGUGACAAACCUCCGUGACGCUGGUUUCAGUCAAAAUGACCGCACAGAGCAGCGAAUCUCUGCUAAAGCGUUGGAAGGGAUGCAUUUCACGCAUCGUGAUUCUCCUCCAGACGUUCCAACAUUCCUGGCGAAGGUUAGAGAUGUCAUGAAUCAACCUCCGACCGUAUACCCGCCGGAAGUUGGUGUGGCUGUUGCUGAUCAACAAAACGGAGCAAUCCUCGACAUUCUGCCUAAAAUGUUUUCCAAAGCAUUUCGACAGACAAUCGAGAGGAUGCAAGAAGAAGAACGUCUAACGUUCGUUCAAAUCGGUGAAAGACUCACGAAACGACUUCAAAGCUUGAUUGACUCUGGUGAGUACAAGGCCGAGAGUCCAUCUUUCGGCAAAGCUUUUCCAGCUGUCGAAGAUUCCGAUGAUGAAAACCAGAACAAUACCAAAACCAAGAAGCGCAAAAGUCAAGACGAGAGUGAUGACGAUGGUAACGCGUUUGCCGCUCUCAAGAAAACAACGAUCAAACGACUUCGCAAGAAAAUUCGCAAAGAAAUCAAGAACGAGGUCUACGCAACCAAGGGAAGUGGAAAGAGUAGUAGUAGUAGUUCUAGCAGUAAGAAAAACAAAGGAAGUGGUAAAGGUAAAGGUGCUAAGAACUCUAAUCCUAAUGAGGGUAUCCAGUGCAACUAUUGUCACAAGUAUGGACAUAAGGCGCAUAAAUGCUGGCUAAACCCGAUGAGUCAAAGCUACCAACCUAGCAAAGCCAUGGGCAGCAACUUCUUCAACAAUUCAUACAACUGUUGGCCGCAAGGUAACGCUAUCCCCCCGUGGCACCAGAACAGCUAUCCACCGCAACAAAGUGGAGGGAAAGGAUUCGACAACAGUAACCCACAGCAGCAAUAGGGUGGACAACAACCACAACGCUGAGUCGAAACCAAUCCGGAAUGGAAUGGAUAUGGGAAACGAGAUGGACAAUCCCAAGAUGAAGAAGAAUUGGAAGAAGAUUUCGAAGAUGAAAAUGGAAGACGUUCGCUGAACUUUGAAGAAAACUUUGAGAAUGAAGAAUAUAGAAGUGAACUGUUUAGGGAUGAAAGCUAUAUGUUUGGUAAUCGCUCAGGUUGCUAUCUAAGUGCAAAUAACAGGGACAAUAGCAAAACAGUUUCACUUGUUGACAGUUGUGCAAGUAAGUAUUUGUCUAGCCAUCGUUCCGAUUUCAAGAAGAUUAGCUACCGGCUUUGUCACAUUAGCGGCACCGCUGGAAAGCGAAGUGGGGACAUAGGUAGACUGAAAGAGAAUAAAUUAGGAUUGAAAUACGGCGUACACUUUGAACACUUACCAAAAGCCAUAGAUCGCGUUAUACCGUGGUUAGGUGAAGGAAACUGUCAUGAGAAGGGUUGGCAAAUGAAUUUCACAGAAAGUGGCGGAACGUUGUACAAUACCCGCUCCGGCCGCUCUCUACCCAUAACAAAUUGCCCUCAGAUGCAGCUACCCAUUCUAGGUUGUGACAUGUUUAGCAAAGAAGAAAAUGAAACUGCGGAGGAUAUAGCAUGCACUAGUAUAGAGGAAGCUAGACUUCAUUCACAAGCCUCAAGAUUAGAUAUACGCCGUAGACUUGGCCACUUUCACGUUGAUGGCCUUAGUGUAUCUUGUCCAGAAUGUGAUCGAACCAAAGGUCAGAGACGCUCUCACGCAAAAGUGAGACCCCCUGGGCAUAUACCUUCUCCAUUGAAAACGCUUGCAAUUGAUUUCGCAGUUGGUAUAAGAAGCAAAAGAUGCGCUUUAAUCAUUAUCUGUGAUUCGAUUAAGAUGUGUUUCGUUCGUCCUCUUUGCCUUAAGUCGGACUGCGUAGAGGUGAUUGAAGAAGUAAUAAAAGGCAUUCGCCAGGACUACUCAUUGUCACUCGACGACAAGGUGGCAUGGUUCAUCCGUAGAGAUAGCGAACCCGUCCUAAGUAGUGACCAUAUGACCAAAGUCAUGCAAUCGCUAGCGCUACUGGUUUCGGAAAUUCUUGGAGUUCCUUACAGCCCAGAAAUGAACGGAACUUGCGAACGUUUCACGCGGACCAUUUUCGGUGCUGUGCGUACCAUGUUGGUCAAAGUCGACCGACGUCUUUGGUGUUACUGCCUACAGUAUGCCGGAGAUUGUUGGAAUCGCUUACCGCAUCGCUAUGCAAAAGUGCCAGAAUAUGACGGAAUGAGUCCUGUCGAGAUACUAGAAAAGAGGAGAGGCAAGAAGUCCUCGAAAAGUGGUCUAGGUAUCGUAUGUUAAGAAGAUUUGGUUGUUUGGUGUACUUUCGUGAACAGGUCGUAGACACCACCAACAAGAAAGAAGCAAAGCUCGCGUCACCUUAUCGGCGUGGUGUGUUUCUCGGUCUGUGUCCAGUUUCGUCUGGUUGGCUAGUAGGUACACAUCACAACGAUGGGAGAACGAAAGCUGGCUUCGAGUGGAGUGAGUAUUCCACACUAGAUGUGAAAUCUCGAGAGUCGAUAUUAGUCAAGAACAUUGAUUGGCUACUGCCUACGUCGAAGGGCGUUUAUGUUGAUUAUGACCCGCUGGAAAACCUGCAGUCUGGCGCGCCGUCGCUGGGUCCCGUCCUGCACAGACAUGCGCUGCAACGUAUGGCCUGUCAGCCGCGCUUCUCUGGCACGGAGUACAGCUCAGGCGAUCCAACCGGCAUGGAAAUGGUAUUAGAUAACAAUGAAACUGAUGAGUUUUUCUGUGAAUCUUUGGACAAAGAAGAAGAUCCAAAGACCGGUGAUGAUUCCAACUCUGACGCGCAACGCGUUGAGGAGGGGAAUAGCUCACCGGAGCGCGUGUCACCUGACUCUAAUCCUGAAGCAAGGGAUCCGAGGCCCUUACCCAUUCCACCAUCUCAGCCAGGCAAAGUUGAGGAGGGGAAGAAAGGCCGAGGAAGACCUAAAGGGAGCAAGGAUAAGAAUCCAGGACAACGCAAAAGAAGAACAAGAGCCGAGCUAGAUGCAUGAAGAAGAGACAUGCAUAAAUUUGCCAUGCUAGCAGGCGGGCAUGAGCUGGAAGAAGGGGAGACCUUUCUCGAAGCACAUGUCAUGCUGUCAGUUUCCCAAGCCUUGAAAAGCCCUGACGCUGAAAAAUGGCGUGCAGCUAUCACCAAGGAGGAAGCUAGACUACUUGCCUUUGAGACUUGGGCGCCAGCUACUGACGAGGAGCUGCGAACCUCUUCUCAGGUAAUGCCUAUAGCAAUCGUUCUCACGGUAAAAAGUGAUGGAACAUUCAAAGCUCGUGCUUGUGUGCUCGGGAAUCUUGAUCGUUCGGGGAAUAUCGACACCUACGCCCCUGUAGUGUCACACGCUGCGAGUAGACUUUUACUCGUUUCAGCGGCGACGGAAUCUGACUUCGUCAUCCCCUUCGACCUUGAUUCUGCGUUCCUUAAUGCUGAACUCGAUCGUGACGUCUUCUGGCGUCUUCCACCAGUGUGGGCGGAGAAGCAUGGAGCGGAUAUCGUCAAGCUUAAGAAAGCUCUAUAUGGGCUCAAGGACGCUCCACGAGCCUGGUUCAAGAAGUAUUGCGUGCUAUUGUCCGAACUCGGAUGGGAGCCGUGUCCUUCUGCUCCAGGAUUGUGGCGGAAAAAGAGCAAAACGCACCCAGGAAAGUAUAUGAAGACGUCAGUCUAUGUUGAUGAUAACUUAGCUACUGGACAUGACUAUCACGAGUUACGGCCUGAGCUCGGCCGGAUCUUUAGUCGCGCCCCCGGCCGACCUAUUGAGAUGGCAAAGCGAGUCGAUUCUCGCACGGGUUUCGAAUGGCUAGAGUUCGACUUUCUUGGUGCGAUUGUGCACUAUUGUCGGGAAGCACGUUCAGUGAAAAUCCUGAUGAGUGUGCACAUAGAGAAGACUUUGCAGAAGUAUAAAAUAACAUUAGGUAAGCCGGUGCGGUCUCCAAAUUUCGACGAGUCUGCUUUGCUUGAGGAGGGGCUUAAGCUAGCAGCCGGGUUUCCAUUGCGUGAGAUUGUUGGCGCACUGCUUUGGAUAUCGACAACCGCAAGGCCAGAUAUUUGCGUCCCUGUGGCGACAUUGGCUAGGUAUGUCAGUAAGCCCGUUACUGAAAGAAUUGCAAAAGCCUGUAGAAAAGUAUUAAAGUAUCUAGCUACAACAAUAACAAAAGACCAAGGACUCUUUUAUUCUCCAGAAAGUGAGGAAGAAUUCAACGAAAUCUACAAGAAGCUCCUACCAGAAGGAAGAGCGCUACCGUAUACUAACUGGUUCUCAGAUGCAGGAUUCGCAAACUGCAUAAAGAGCAUGCGCUCGCCCAGUGGUUCGAUUAUGUACUAUCGGGGUUUUCCAAUCUGUUGGAAACGCAACACGCAAACCGUGCGUGCAUAUUCAGCUGCAGAGUCAGAGUACAUAGCCGCGUCGGACACUAUUGUCAUGAGCGAGCUGCAUGAUUUUACAGAUUUCUUCAAUCCCUUACCCACUCAACUAGUGGAAACGCGGCUUGGUAUAUCGCCAUCCCUCGAUGAUGCCAUAUUGUGGAUAGACAACCAGUCUGCAAUCUCGACAGCAAAGAGUGAAGACGCGAAGCCUAAAAGUAGACACUAUGCACUACGUUAUCUAAGAGUUAGAGAUGCAGCUGAGAGAGUAGUUUUCUGUCCUAUUCACCUGAUGAAAGCUGAUGGACUAACGAAACUUUGAUGCUCAUCCACUCAACGCAGAUUAUUACUACAUCACAUAGAGAAUCCAGUAAUUAGCCGUAACCAUAUUGAAGAUGAUAGUGACUCGGAAGAAGAAGAUGACGAGUCUGGUUCAAGUUCUGCUUCUUUGGCGGUGCUUACCUAUUCUAUCUUCUUAGGGUGUUAGGUCGUUGGUCAAGGUGAUGUCAGCGGCUAUACAGUGAAUAGUGAAGGUUCUGGGUCAGAGCAGGUAGUGCCAGACCGUUCCUGACUCCCGUCAUUUCCUCACCUAGCGAUUGAGGAGGGGCGUUGGUCAAUGGUCAUUACUGGCGCAAGAUCCAAUGAAUGAACCUGAUUUCAAUGCCAAAUGACUGCUCUCACUCGUCACCUUGAUCGUGAUCAAUGCCGUUCCUUGUCUUGAACUCGUGUUAGUUCCUCGUAUGAUCAUCGUUGGAACUCAAUGAGUUCUAACAUGAAUCAGCAGCAAGAUCUCCCAGAUCUUUAACUGCACUAUGGCCCUUCAUGGUAUCCCAAUGACAUUGAACCCAUUUUGAUACCAUUUCAGGGCCUUAGACAGUCAGUGACCAUUCGGCGCGUCCGUUCUGAUCGUCUUUCUGUUACAUUGCAACGAUAAUCAUUCCAUUUGCUCUCAAGAGCCUCGUAGUGCGUUUGGACGUGUUCGGGUGUUCCAACAAUAUUAGUAUUUAUAGUAUUAGCAUUUUUUUAGGACCAAGGCUUCUCCUUAAGGAGCUUCCUUAAGAGAACUGCAUCCCUUAAAGGAUUUCUAUUAUAGAAAUCUACCAUAGGGCUCCCUUGAGGGGGCCCUCGUGAUAUAAUUGGGUUAAUAUUAGACCCUUCCUAAAGGGCCACCUGUUCCCUAAGGGCCUCCACUUGCUACCUUAGCCAUGGCUAGCUAGCUCGCUGCUUAGCCAUAGCUAGCCUGCAGCUAGCAUAGGAAUAGGAUAGCCCGCUUGCUAGCUUAGCAGUAGCGUGCUAGCUUGCUAGGUUAGCCGUAGCUAGCUUGCACUUCCUUAGCCAUAGCUAGGAAGCUUGCUAGCGGCUUAGCCAUAGCUAGUCUGCAUGCUGCUUGGCCCUAGCCAGCUUACCAGCAAGCUGCUUGGCCAUAGCUUUAGCUAGCUUGCUACUGGCUGCUUAACCAUAGCGGGAGCGCUAGCUGCUUGGCCAUAGCUAGCUUGCUAGCUGGUUAGCCUUGUCUAGCUUUCUAGCUGUUUAGCCAUAGCCAGCGUGCUAGCUGCCCUGCGUAGCCAUUGCCAGCGUUCUAGGUUAGCCAUAUUAGCCUGCAAGCGCGCCGGCUUGUCGCUAGCUUAGCCAUUGUCAGCGUGCUAACCUAGCCAUGGCCACCCUGCUAGCUUAGCGCGGCAUAGGUAGCCUGUUAGCCUAGUCAUGACCAGCUUCCUACCUAGCAGCCUCGCCAGAGCUAACCUCCUAGCUUAGCCAUAGCCACUCCCGCCUCUUAGCUUAGCAAUAGCCAGCCAGCUGGCUUAGCAGUGGCCAGCGUCCAUGCCGGUUCAUUCUAAGCCAGCCGCGCGUCGCUAGCUUGAUGACUUAGCGGCUUGCUUCGUUUGUCUUAUCUGUCUAGUUGCUAUGGGGUAACCUGUGCCCAGCGCAGCCCGCCACUGAUGGGCCCGCUUUCUGGGCAUGUGCUGAGAUGUUGAAAGGUCAUGAGAAAGCUGAAGAGGCGCCCCAGCCUCUAAUCAAUCUUGAUUUCGAUUUGACAGCAGAACGAUAUCCCCCUGAGCGGUACUUUCCUUCUAGUAGAACUGAUCACUUCGACCAUGAACAAGACGAGAACGACGAAGGAACUGGCCCCGACCGGUUCGUGAUUCAUAGCGAUGGCAGCGAGCUCGAGCGCCGUUCAGGUUAUUCCUAAGGCUUCGCACGCGCAACUGUUAAUAGAAUUACAUGAUAUUUCUAACACCAAGGAAGCUCCGGGUCCUUAGCUAGAUCCAACCCCAUGCGUGUAGUCAAUCCUCUGUCAAAAUCGAUCAAGUAAUAGUAUAGGCACCUAGAACAAUGAUGCAACAAUAGAAAAGCAUGCAUCUUCAAGAGUAGAAAAAUAUGGAACAAGAAUAGAGGCUGACCUCUGCUCUUGUUGCUAAUGGUCCGUCGUGAGGGAGGUGAGCUUAGGUUUAUUACUAGCCGAGUUCUACUAAUUCAUCCCGAACUCAGCUUCGCUGAGCAAAGAGUUUUUCUACAAUGACGCUGCGGAAGACCUACUGCGACGUGAGGAUGAGGCACAACGAAUGCACAGCGAAGAUGAGGAAGAUGGGAUGAGCUUCUCUCGGAAUCAUCGCGGCGGCUCCUCACGCGAGGUGCUGGACCCUCCUGAGGGUGAUCGUCGUAGUACACGCAGUACCGGAACCGAUCAUAGGAACAAACAUCAGGAGGAUGAUAAUCAGCCGGAGCACAUGCGAGCACAGUUUUUUGUCAGCUACGCCGAUAUAAUUCUCAAUUUUAAAGUCCUCUUUGGAGGGGACCAAGCGGAAACAUCCGAAGGCAUGGACGAUGAGGUGGAAGCUAGGUUACUGGAACGCAGCUCGGCGUCCGAAGACGAGGAUGAAGCUGGCAAGCAUAGUAAGGCUGCCCCGCUCAUGAUGAAUUUCAUUGUUCACCUGCACGAAUAAGGAUCAUCUCUCACUGUUCUCAAAACUGAUGCUCUGUUCUUCUUAGGGUGAUCCGAAGAGAUGCUCAACGACUGAGCUGGUGACGGUGAGUGCAUUUUUUUCUUGUAAGCUUCUCUAAAAAAAGCUAUCAUGGCGCCGGAUUUCAUGAUCACAUGGCGGCCUUUCUUGGAGGUGGUGCAAUUCCAAUGGCAUGUAGCCAGCGACUUUCAGGAUCCGCUGACGGUGCAGUUUCCAUGAGAAGAAAACUAAGUAUGCCAGGUCUGGAAAUGGGACGGCAGUGGCAGGACGUUCGAAAAAUGUCCGCGUUGCGGAACCAGCAAACUACUGGCAUUCGGAAGCCCUCUCUGGAAACAAUUUACGCAUAGUUCAGAGCUGCGUUUUUUUCCUUCUCCUUGACACGAGUCGUCGUUAUUUUAUAUAUUUGGCUAUAGCUGAAAUCUUGAACUUCGCCGCAAAUUAUAUCAUGAUCAUGGUAUUCCUACGUCUUCAAAAAUUACGAGUCGGGGACACAACAUCUACGCCAAGAAAAUACUUCUAAUGCAUGCUGGGACCUGACACAGCGGUCACUGUGGAUUUUCAGAAAGCCCUCAGGUUCAUGCGGUCAAUGCGUCAGGAGGGCCCACUUUUGGACGGACCUCCAUCCACUACUGCCAAGCAGAAGAGAAUGAUGCAGAGCACUAGGAUGCAGCAGCGCAACUCUGGUGACGGAGACGCUCCAGUUGUCGGUGGAACGGCGAAGUCAUUACAAACCUUGUUCAGCAAGAAGUACCACGAAGAAGGUGAGAAUCCACGUGAUACCGCGUCGAUCCACAUCUUAGAAGAUGAAGAUGUUGGCGAAGACGACGACGAGCGGGACUUAAGGCUUUUAUUUUCCAGUAAACUUACUCUUACUUACAUCGUCUUCGCCAAGAUUUUCUUCACCGUAGAUACUUGUUUGCUUGUAUUGAUGCGCUCCGGGCAACGCGUACGAUCUCACUCUUCGCCCUAGAUACUUCAGCAAGAGCAUCAUCGUCAUCAUCAUCAGCAUCAUCAUCCUAAGCCGGGAGCCGGGGGCCGGCAAAAGCUUUGUGAAGAUGGGCCUUGUUGCAUUAGGUCGAUGCCUCUUCUAAAGUUGUUGCCUCGAUCAGGUGGCGCUAAGGGCGACGCUCUUUAUCGUGAUUCUGCUACCGAGGGGCGCGCAAUCCGACACUCGAUGAAGUCGGUUGACAGCUCUCGCUCUCGCAGCGAUGACUCGUUGCACUUUGCGCCAGAAAUGAAUACAGAAGAUUGCGAUUGGUUUUCGCCGUUAAGGGUCACGAUAAUUCAUUUGCACAAAAAAGCACUUAAUUCACAUGAUUUGCACAGUAGAUUAUCUUGAUCUUCAUUCCAGGACUCAUUAUAGUCACCUCUUGUUCGAUAUAUGAUCAAGAACAAGGUGAAUUAUCGCGCGCUCUAACGUCGCAUCAGCUUCGUGAGCCUUACCUGAUGUCCUGUCCCGAGGGUUGUUGUCCCGGAAAAAUUCUGCAUUUGCGCAAGCGUCGAACGCAGACGGAGAUUUAAGGCUCAGAAAGUACAUCAUGACGAAGUAAGUAGACCAGUGAACACCGCUAGAAUCAGAACAAACACCGCUAGAAUCAGAACAAAUUAUUUGUAUCGGUAUGGUCUAAGAAAAGCGCAUGGUGGAUGAUGUGGCGCGCAACGAUUUUGCUAACCUGUUGACAGAGGUGUGUGGACCACCUCCGGAUGCAGCAGGGGAGGAGGAAAAAAAGAAGAGAAAUUUUUUCAUGAGGCUGCAGAGUCAAAUUCUGGUUAAGGCUUCUUUCUUCGCAUAUUUACUAGAUAAUCAUGCUGUUGCGGCUUCCUUUGGAUCGAUCUCCAUCCAGUCGCGUGGAGGUGAAGUAGGAUACGAUGACGAUCGUCGACUACAACAGGAGCACACACACGACAUGCUCAUGCGGAAAAUCCAAAGAAACUGAAAAGGAAAGGGAUCGAUAGUGCAGCUACUAGAAAAUGUGAAUGUGAAUCCGUAUCCGUUUCUUAAAAAUACGAAGGCGAUUCUUAAUACUAGCAAGAAGAGGAAUUUCAACUUGAUCAACAAAAUGAAGCGGACCGUCGUCUACGUCUUGUCAAUCUCUAAGAAGUGACAGAUGGACAAAAAGAAGGAUAGUGAGGACAAGAGCAUGCUUGGACUGGACGUCACCACCGAAAGUGAGGGGGCUACAGAGUAUCUCGAGUCCGUCGAGUCCCGCAGAAUCGUUCGCUUUGCGAGAAAGCAGCACUUUUAAGGUUUCGAAGUGACAUCUCCGUCUUUGCGGGUGAACGCAGGCGGAGUAUAGCCAUAUGUAUAAAGUUUUCAAGUCCUCGUGAAAAAACAAAAAGGAGAGUGCUUCUAAGAAGAAGUCACGAGCUAGAAAUAUUUAACUAGGACAAGUAUGCUCUCACAAGAUUGAUAGGUAAAGGUAUAAUGCAAGGUAGUCGAUGCCCUAUAACCAAUUCUGUUACAACGAACUUAAACUUGUUGGAGGAAAAGUAGAAUGAAUACUAGUACGAGUAGUUGCUUAGUAAGACUUUGCUCACGCUCACUAUGAAAACUUCUAGUCUCUACGUCUACGGGUGCUACGGAUAGCCCCACCUGAUAGGGCUGUCCGUAGCACCCGUAGACUCGAAUGGGAGAAGCGCUAAGUUUUCAAGAAGAAGAUACGCGACGAGGAGAUUGAUGAAGAUGAGGCGAAGGCGAACGCAAAUUUGCACGAGCAAUUCGUCAUGUCGGACGCCUCGAGUCAUGCACGCACGAACUACCGUGUUCGCGCGGCACGAUCAUCAGGACGAGGCUCCUCUCGCCGAGGAAGUUACACGAAGAGUCCGAGCGUCACUUCACCAAAUCGCCGAACAAACACAAACAUGAGAGAGUCGCAAGACCCACUGUGGGAUGAAUCUCCGAGGAAUAAAAGCCGAAAAGGAGAAGGCAGCACCGCAUCUCCGCCGAAUCGUCGAGGCGCAAGCGCAGCAUCUCCGAAUCGCAGAGGACCCAAACGAGCGGCUUCUCAGACCGGAAAAAGGUCAACGCCGAGCCUCCCCUGGAGAGCCUCUCGGUCUGUAUCUCUUCAAACUGGUGCGAGAAGAUCUUACAGUGGCGACAAGAAGUUCUGCAUCGAAGACAGAAUUAGCGACAAUAAAUUGCUGUAUUUCUACCCGGAUGAAAGGGCGUCGAGGACGCCUUUACCAGGUGAAGGCGGAUGGAGCGGAAGACGAAAUUCCGAUGGAACUAGAAGGAUCACCACUGACUCUCCUCGAAGGCGUAGUACAGCACGCGGGAACUUUUCUAGCGAUCGUUCUCCCUUGCUGGGUGGGAGAAGGAGCAGCAGGUUGCCCACCACAGGAGGUAGACGCUCCAUGAGGUUGAGCGGCCAGGCGAGAGCUAGCGCCGCGGGUACUGAACAACCAGAAGGCGUGGCGGCCAACGUUACAAAUGCGGUCAACUUAUGGAAGGAGCUUGAUGCUGUGCGCGCUGUGCAUCCCCAUUUUUAAAGCGACCGUUCACGUGAGACAUUUGAACCAGAGAGAAAUCAUUGGAUGAUCCCACUAAGACCUCUCUGUAAAAUGGAUUCUUUACUACAAUUACUUAUAUAUACAUCAUCAUGAUCAUGAUGAAAGCAUAUAGAUAUGAUAGCACUGGUGCGUCAAUAUAUGAAUUCAGAGUUUUGCUGGUGACUUCUACAACUGCUCUAAUUAAAGUGAUGGCGGAUGGUACCACGCAGCUUGCGACGGGUAUGGCAAAGGGAGCGAACAAGGUGGUCGGUCUAGUCCAGAAAAGUUUCUUCGAGUCAGUCCGAAGACUAACAGGGCUUACCGAUCGUGUACUCGACGAGCUAGAUCCUGAGGGACUCGCGCUGAUGAGCGAGCCCGAUCCCUGCAUUCUCCACUCUUAUGGCGGGUUGAUGGGUCGUGUAGUUGACCUACGUAUGAUACAGAAAAGAACUCUAGUACCAUAGGGAUGUUGAUGACUACAACAUAUUUUCUUCUGCAGAUGUGUCUAGCACUUAUUUUUCAACUACAUAGCAGGUUUAGAAGUAGGAAGAUAACCUCUGCAAUACCGUCGAUAGAGUUUGUGUAGAGGUGCAAUGCAGCUUCGAGAAGGUGAAACGGGAGAUAGCCCUAAGAUUCCUUCGAUGAGGAUCUGAGAAGGUGUAUGCUGGACCAUGGUGAGACGCUUUCCGACAUCGACGGAAGUGACUUUGAGUAUAGUACGGAUGAGGAGGAGGAGGACGACUCCGAAAAGGUGGUCGACGACGCGGACGUCGAUGAUUUUCUAGCAGCAGAUGCUGGCGGGGUAGGAGCGGAUGCAGGUGCAGUUGGCGACGAUGAUUAAGAGAUGGCUGAGUCUGUGGUGUUUAAUAUAACUGAAGUCCAUCUGUUUUCGUGUUGUCACUUGCCAGAAGAAAGAUGAAGAUGAAGAUGUGCCGACACCUGAGACGAUGACUCUCGAAAUUUUUGACACGCAUUUCCUGAAACUAGUAGAAGACAUUGCACAGUUAAUCUCUAAGAUGAUCUGCGGCUGGACGAAUUCGGUGCCUACGAGCGCGAGCAUAACAGCCAGGUUGACGAUCCAUCCUCGACCGCAGGGAAAAGAACUGUGCGAUUCUCAGAAAGCCCCUCAAGCGCGAAAGGUGGACACCGGAGCCCUCACAAAGGGCUGCAUGUUAGAAUUAAGAAUGAUAGUGAUCAUAGGAAGCUUCAGCUUGAUUAUGCUUCUUGUUCGCAAUACAACAAGAACUAGAACAAAAUGGAAAUGCCAUCUCUUAACGAUGUUACAACUCACUACUCGCAAACGUUAACGUUUUUGUUUUUGGCCUUAUCAUGUAGGUUUCUCAAAAAGUUGAAAGCAGAUGAUCUUGGCCGGAGAUGACAUCAUGGAGACAUAAAGCGGGGAACAAAGACAUAGAUAAUAGAGUAGUUUAUAGACGCUGGGUGGCUGGGCGGUCUCGACGCUGGGUGGCUGGGCGGUCUCGACGCUGGGCGGCAACGCGGGGCACGCUGGGCGGCAACGCGAGGCACGCUGGGCGGCAACGCUGGGCACGCUGGGCGGGCGCUUGGAUAGCGCUUGGCGGACUUGAGGGCCACACUAGGCAUGCCGAGCCCGCGCGGCCCAUGGAUUUACUGAGCACAAACAAAGGCAGCGCGCCGCCCCCAAGGUUCAGGGCAGCGCUGGCGCAGUGCUGCGCCAGUUUGCGCAGUAGCGUGCUGCGCCUGCUCUGUUCAGGCUUGCACUGCGUCGCGCUGCACUGCGCUGCUCGAUGCGUGCAAUGCUGCGCCACUCCUGUGCACCGUGGUAAACUCGCCAGCGUCGUUGACCUUGGCCUACGCUAGGCUAGCACUGCUGGCGGGGUGCUCAAGCGGGCGCCCGAAGGGCGCCCCUCAAUUGGAGACGCCCAGCCAGCAGAAUGCGGGAGAUCUGGCACAUUUGGGUCGUCCAGCGACCCAGCGUGCCCAGCGUGCCCAGCCCAGCCAUGUUGGGGACCCUUAUGGACUGUUCUAAUAUGAAAAAAAAAUGAUAUGAGAAUAAUUAUUGUCAAGCUCUAAGAAAACGGGCAGAACGCUGGGGCUGACCCAAGCAUCGGAGCCGCAUAGCCGACGCGGUUCGGCGGCGAUGGCCGAGAGACCACCGAGUUUCGACGGGGGCGACACCUGGUCUUCGCGUGGAGGCAGUGAGGGCCCGACUGCAAGUCAGGGUGGUGACUCGCCGAGAUGUGGAGACCAGAAGGGGGACAAGAAGGGAGGAAUGACGAACUUCGGAGAGCAUGAGCUUUUGCAAGGCUUCAUCAUGAAAGGACGCAAAGUCGCGGUUGGUAAAGACGAAAAAAUUAAGGAUCAAGUAUUUAUUUCUUCCUCAUUUGAUUUUGACUGUUGAUCUUCUCUCGUCGUCCCGUACACAUAUCCUGAGCAGUCAGAACUCGGAAGGCGGGGAUAACCUUACUUAGCGUUAGUAGUUAUCUUAAAUAAAGGAAAGUGUGUUGGACUUGGCGCAGGACUCAACAAAAGCUUCCAGGCAAACGUUAUUUAUAAAAUAACUGAAGGACGACACGAACAAAUGAGGUCGAACGAUGAAUGACUUGCUUCGCUAAAAAAAGAAAGAAAAAGCAUAGACGGCAACGGGAAUUCAAUCCGUACGAAAAUAAAGGACAAAUGAGAAACCUGAAACAUUUCGACAGCGGGAGGCACAUUAUGACUGCAAAGCGUAGUAAUGAUCGUUCAGUUCCACAAUAGGCAAUAGGAUUAGUACUACUUGUGUUUUCAUGUAUCGUGUGUAGUUCUCCAACAUUUCACAAGAGCUACAGAGGAUCCGUCUUCAAUACGCACAUUUUUAUCACCCGUAUUUAUGGAUAAGGAUAUGAAUAUGAAUAUGUUGAUACUGUGUAUGAUACCAUAUGCGAUUAUCAAUUUAUUUAUGAGAUGCAUGAAAAACAUGCUACAUACGAGACGUUAGAGAUGAGUAGCACAUAAAAAAAUUACUGCUAUAGCCAGACAAAAAUCCAGUCUUGCACAAUGCUAUGAAGCUGACGAGUGACUCUACAAUUGAGCCCCGAACUACAAUUGUAUUGAUUCGUGGCCUGCUGGAAGGAGGUAAUUCUGUCGUCCAGAAGAACCAAAAUUGAAAUGAUUUUGUAUUGUUUUGGAAUUUGGUAACCUGAAUUUGAUCACAAGGAUUCUUUUCUUGUUUUCCUUAUGAUCGAAAUCAGGUUACCAAAUACCAGGCCCAUUCAGAUUUUCACUGAUUCUGGGCGAUGUUCUAGCUCUUGCGAAAGUUUUUCAGCUUUUUCGCGCACACAAUUCUCCUAUUUCUAAUAGAAGCAGCGUCUCGCCGUCGGGCCGCAGCAAAGCUACAACAGGAACUUCGUCUUUAAGCCGCCAGACAACGCAAUCAUGGGGCGAUAGCUCUAUGGCGCUUCGAGCGAGAAGGCUGAGGACUCGGAUCUUCGCAGAAGAGGGAGAAGCCGCGAAUCCACCCGACGAGGAUCGUCGUCUAGCCCGCGACACACGCAAGUCCCAGCUUCUUUCUGUCUUCAGCAUGUUCGAUUUCGAAAAAAGUCAUGCUCCGCCUCCUGGGUUUACCGAGACAGAUCAUCGAGUGCGAAAGGCGUUCCAGACCCGCGUGCAGCGAGCCUCCAUGGCAACGGGGCCAGAGCUACGCGGGUCGAAGCGACCGUCCUCAAGUUACGACAUUACAUCCCGGACCGGGCGAAGCCUGCCUGAGCCGUUUCUCCUGCCACUAGCGCCGAGGCCGCGCGCGGAGGGGGAGGCGGCGUUCGACGGACAGGGGCUGCAGUCUGAAACACGAGCCGUGAGGAAGGAGAAACUUGCUAACUUGUUCCAACAGGCAACUCAGACGAAGCAGGGCAGCGGUGAAUUGAACAGCGGUAGCGAUGAGUUCAAAAAAUUGAAUGUACGGUCAGCUUUUAGUUUAAUCCAUCUUUUUAGGCAUCUUCGUGGUAAGUACCCUCAUGCCCUGUAUUCAUCUCAUGAAAUGCAAGGUCGAGGGGAACACGAUGAAGGAGACCGAGAUGAAUAAAUCUAAACGCCGCCUCUAACAAAUAGCUCUGCAGGAUCUCUGGGGAGACAAGGCUCCGCGUCUCAAAGCUCCUCCUUCUCGAAUGAUGCGAACUACGACUUAAGAGACCGGUCGUCGUCUGUUUCAAUAGCCCAGCCGGGUUCUUUGGAAUGGGAUGAGGGUCGCAAAGUAUCAAAGGCAGCGAACGGAAACGGGCAAGGGGGUGACGAGAACGCGUCCGCGACGAUUACGGCCGCGCCCAUCAAAGUCCCAUUGUUUUCAUCUUCAUAGUCUCACAAGUACUUCAUCCUUGUGCUCGUCCUGAAGUAUUUCAUAUAACAAGUUUCAACUACAUGUACCAGCACAGUAUGCAUCAAGAAUAUGACGAUCAACUACUAGUCUAGCGCAGGAUGAUGAUAUACACAACUUGUACAACCACCAUGAAAGAACAAAUUUAAUGUAUCAAUGUAUCAGAUACAAAAACAUGGUCCCAUUCAUUGUAGGACGACAGCUUCUUCUCUUCUAACAAAAGCACUGAUUUCGACACAGACGAGGAGAAUGGAGCACCAACCUCAUCUGCUCCGAUGCGAAGCAGCGCAGUGGAGCGUGGUCUGGCGUACGAGGAAAAGGUUGCUGCGAGGUUGCAGGACAGUGAGUACCACGCUGUUUGGGUGACCGAAAAAGAGAUGGAUUUCAUCUUUAUGAGACCAGAGACCAUCGACGACCACUUGUUGAUAAGCUACGACGUAUGUCUUCGGGCGAUCCUCUCAGAUUUCUUCUCCGAUGUAGUCAAGCUCAACGCUCAAAGAAUGGAGGACUACGCGGCAGGACAGAGGACAAGUAGAGUAUGGAUGAUGCCUUUUCUCUCAUUUUACAGACCGUCGAGGCUGUGGUGCGCCUUUUUCCCUUGAAGGUGUAUACGUAUAGGUUAUUUAUAGGAGAGCCUCGAUGGUGUGCCGAGAUGGAAAAAACGGCAUUCAUAUAGAGAUGCCAGCGCGCUCCUGGAUGGGGACGAAGAGCAAGGCCGUAGGUCAGCAAUGCAACGCAGAGCCAGCAGAACGACAGAGAAAAAAAAGACUUAAGGCGCUAACAUGAUGCAGCUCAUCCUCCGACAUAAAACGUACUUAGUACUAGACAGAGGGCGGCUGUCUCUCCUCAGUCACCGGGAUGAUCCAUGUAUUCCCACCAGCUCUAAGAAAGCAGCGCUUCGCCUCUGGGUCGGUCUGUGUCGAGCGAUACCGCAGAAGAGAUGCCAGCGCCGAAGGCAAACAAGAUUGUGAUGAACAUCAAGAAGAAGAAAGUUGAAAACCAAGUUGUGGAGCAGAAGCCUACAUCUUCCUCAGCGCCCUCCUCCUCUCCUGGCACGCAGCAAAGUGGAUCCCCCUCGUCACCGAGCACGUCGGUGUCCGAUGGAGGCAUUUUUCCUGAAGGCGUUGGAAAAGGGACCGUUGACGUUGAGGUUGUGGAUGCCACAGAUAACGCGAGAGCUGCGUCUAGAAUCAUCGGUGUUGGACCAGGAGCGGGGGUAGUGUCCCCUCUGGAAGGAUCCCGACUGGUCGCGGCUGGAGCACCAGCGAGUGGUGCUCAACCUAGUGCCGCUGCGCUCAUGCGGGAAGCGCCUACGCUGGACAGCGCGCAAGAUGAAAGCAGCGUAGAGCAGCAACUAGGACUUCAAGUAGGCAUGGACAAAGGUCCAGGUCUAGUGGUUCCUCCACCAUUUCGCAUGAGCAAAGCCGCUGGAUCUCCGCCGCCGUUAAAAACUGUAACAUUCAGGCUCUUAGUCCUCGAAGUCGAUACCGAUACAUAGCUUGUAUAAAUAUAUAUAAGUUUGUUUAUCUUCUUGUUUCACCCCUGCUCCCUCUGGGAGACUCGGUCUGCAAUUGAUUUGUAUCCCCUUACUAGGCUUGCGCUUCCUCUCCUCAUUCCUCGGGAUUCUGACGCGAACUGUUUCAUCUUGUUGAUGGUUAGUGGUGACUAUUUGAGAUGCUAUGAUGAUGAUCUUGUUUGACGUGCUUCCUGAAAAGUAUUUUUCACUGGUAGGCAUUUGACUGCUACAAAGGAUUGAUAAAUUUAUAACGUAGGGAUACACGACAUCUUCGACUGGACUGCUCUAAUGAAAGAGAAAAAAGAGACCGAGCCAAUACAGUCGUCCUCGCCGACGAAUGAAGACUGGGAGGGUUCGGUGCCAAGAGCAGCCGGCUUUGCCGCCUUUGGGGUUCAUCUCGGUAGCCACACCACAACCACAGCGGCAUCUGCCAAGUCAGCCGCUCGCGCAAGGAGUGAUGCACUUCUCGAUCGCACUGCAGCGACAGAGCAAUAUGGCUCGACAGCCGUUCCGGUUUCACGCGAAACCGAGAAGACAGUUGCUCCUGCUCAGCCUCCUGUGUCUACUGUGUCACCUGCAGUAGUAGCAGAGCAGCAGGAAGUGCCUGUGCGCAGUACAUCCCCUGGGCAACAGACUUCUGGUCGUAGUACAAGGGAUGCCUCGUCGCGUGCAAGCCGUCCGGGAAGCGCAGCGGCUCCUUCUCGUAGCGUAAAGAGUUUUGGAUCAUCAGCCGAGCAGACAAAAGAAGAGACUGCCUCAACACUUCAAGAACCAGCUACCUUCUCGCAAGUAGAUGAUGAAGAGGCUCCAGUGAAUAUGUCUGCCGGACGAGGAAGCGAAGUACAGCCAGAGAAGCUUCGGCUCGACAUCGAAGGCAGUCGUGCCGCAUCCACUUCAUCCAGAAAGCAGUUUUCCGCUGUCUCUAUGACGAGUUCGGGCAAAGACGGAACAAAAAAGUCGACAAAAAGAUCUGCACCUGGAGGGCUCCCUUCGGUUGUUGAAGACAGCCCUGUGCUUGAGUUGCCACAUGAACAGAUGGAAGACCAAGGAAAUGCUCGUGGUGCUGACCUCGAAGUUGUAGUUGCUUCCGAGAAACCAAGCAAGAUGAAAAAUGAGAAAAAAUCGGCGAAGCAUCGUCAUCACCGUACAUCAGACGAGUGGUCUGGCAUCCCCUCGCACGAGCACCAUCAUUCGCACUCGGCGACUCGAAAAACAGAGGAGACCUCUGCAACCGAGGAAAAGCCAUCAAAAAGGGAAGACCCAAAGGAGCUUCAAGCGAUUGCGGGCAAGCACCACCACCACCACCACCACUCUCGCACAGAUGACCCUCCCGCUUCCUCAAAGGCAGAUGAGCAUCACGAUCACAAACACCAUCGCAGUCUUGAUGUCGACAAAGCGAAAGCUUCGACUACGCAAGAGGCUCAAGACAUUGUUGUUGAUGUAGAGGCAGAACUUGCCUCUCGUCCAUCUGCAGCCGCACGAAAAGACGUGGAAGGACAAGAACAUGUUGUUGAAGAGGUAAGAAGCUCACCUUCAGUCAAAAAGAGUGAAGGUGACAAGAAAAAGAAGAAAACAAGCAAAAAGAAGUCCUCGGCAGAUCCAGAUGUCAUUGAAGAUGAAGGUGGGAAGAAAGCAUCUUCUAGUGCUCCUGGAGCUGAUGCACAAGAACCGGCGAUGAAGACCUCAUCGCGUCAUGAUGUGCAAGUGCAUCUGCAUCAUGUGCAUGAACAUAAAGCGCCGAGUAAGCGACAUCUUCAAAAGGAACUCGAGGAGCUAGUCGAUGCUGAGCGAGAAACUACUAUGCCUGCUGCCAUGCCUACUGAUGAUCAUAUGGAUAAGAACGCGACGAGAAAGGUAUCAACAGAACCCAUGCGACAGCUACCUUCUCCGCAGACUAUCGCAUCCCCGGUGACCACCACGACCAGGGACCAAGUUUCCUCCCCAACUGCUACUGCAGAAGAAGUAGCGAUAGAAAAUAAACCGACUUCGUCGCUCAUGGACCGUAUUCACGCACUGGAGGCACACGGGUUCAAGCCGGAGCACGUGGUCACGCCUGGGCACCUUGGUACUCUGGUUAUGAUCAGCGUUUUUCCAUCUCUCUCGUCAGUUUCCCAUCUCUCUCGAAGUUGCCCUUUUCCCGUAGGAUACAAGCGCGAAAAGGGUGCCGAGAUGAGGUGACCGAAAUGAAUAUGAAGCGCACUCUAACGUGUUACCUCCGAAGAAGGACGACGCACCGCCACCGCCAUCGCAAGCGUUUACGUCACGUCUGGGCGAGAUCGAGAAGCAGUCAGUGGAUCACGAUCCAGAGACGUCCUCACCGCCGUCGCCGAUGGUCGUUGCCUCGCCAAAACGUCCAAAUGUACUGCCAAGACGUCGAGGAGCGGAGGAACCAGCACCGCGCCCAGAAUCUCCCCGCCCUCAGAUAUGUCCUCCUGCCGCUGGUCCAUCCGACGAGGCCGCGAUGGGAGACGCAAGUCUUCAAGACGAUGAUGCCGAGGUUAAGAAGAGGAGGAUAUCCAUAAGCGUUUGCUGAUCCACUGAGACGGAUCCAAUCGGUUCCUUGACUAUCUCCGACUACAAUCUGCGCUGUCAAUCAAGCUUAGUAUAGUUCUUCAGGAUCAGGAAACACGAAAUGAAUUCAAGAACAACAGAAUACUUACUAGUAAUGGAAAUGUUCACCUUACCUAAAUUUGAUUCGCUACAAGCACAUCACCCAUAUAUGUACCAGGGAGGGAGGCCCCCCCAUGUGGAUGGAUCUGGGGCGCAGCACAGUGGUGGAAGAGCGACGAGAGCAGAACGAGCGACGCGAGUUCGUUGGUUGGUUGGUUGGUUGGUUCGUUGGUUGGUUCGUUGGCUUUGCCAGGUCUGUAGGGUACUACACGCAACAAGCCAAGGGGGUGGGUCUCGCCUUGCCACCUUUGCCAGGUCUGUAGGGUACACGCAGCACGCCAAGAGGGUAGGUUCCGCCUUGCCUCCUCUGCCAGCUCUGUCGGGUACCUGCAACACGACAAGAGGGCCCAGCCUUUGCCACCUUUGCCAGGUCUGUAGGGUACACGCAACAAGCCAGCGGGGUCUUGCCUUGCCUCACUGCCAGCUUCAACGCCCUCCGGUUUGGUGGCGCUCUAGGUCCAGGGUGCAGGCAAGAAGCGGGAAGGGGUCAGAGGUGGGCGCUUUGAGGCUUUCCCGCCCGGCAGCUUUUCGAAGAGAGGGCCUGGGGCGGGGGCCCACCCCCGCAAAAAGUUAGAUGGGGGGAGGGCCUUCAGCCCUGAGCCCUGGAGCAUAUAUUUAUUAUUAGUUUCUAGGCAUAAGAUGGAUGUGGAGUUUUUCUAAUGCUGCACCUAGUCGUCUGCCUUCAGCUCACACGCAUGUGCCGACCGGCGGUCGGAAAUUGGUCGGACUAGGAAAGCCGCGUAAGCUCCGUCAUCACCACCAUAACGAAGGCGAGGCCGCUGAGCUGAGCCAGAUCAGUGAAGAGGGUGAGGACUUUGAGGAGGGAGAGGACUCGGUGGAGCAACCCCCGUCGAGCAAACCUUCUAAAGAUGUUAUGGACGAUUCCUCUGUAGUUCAAAUGUUCGUCUCAAGGUUAUGUCAUUACUGAACUAGAUUUGCAGCUAGUAUUUAGUAUCUAUUUAGAUAGGAGUAAUGCUUCCUGAGAUUGUAUGCAUCUAUCUCCCCAUAGAGCAGUGGUUCUAGUUUUACUCUAUGCCGUUCUUCACCUUUUAAGGUCAGACAUACGUGAUAUUGCGAAGGUCCCUGGUCAUCUAGGUUCAUCGUCACGUACUCGUUUAGACCACUUAAGUAUAUAGGUAUACAGAAUCAAUCUUCAGCUCUCUAAUGCAACACCACUGAGUACGAGCAUCAAGGAGGUCGGGAAGACGGCGAAAGCUGGUGCGAAGCCUGGUAAGCAGGAUCUUUUUACAUCUUCGUCCUCCGAUAGCGAUUCCAGUAAAGAUUCUUCGUCCAGUUCUUCGUCGUCCUCGUCCUCCGCGGAGGAGAAUCAAGAGGAGAAGAUGGCACAACAUUAAGGCGAUAAUCGAUAAUUGAUUUUAUUGUCACUCCUGGGUUAUUUAAUGGUAGUUGUAGCUCUCUUUCAUGAGGUCGUUCCUCAUAUGAAGAAUAAGAAUCUAUUUAUCUUCCUGUUUCGUCGUCCGUAGGGUACACCUAGAACAAAAGGACAAACAGAUUAUGUUAAACGGUCGAUUUUUUCGAUAGCUCUAACGAGAAAGCAGUCCAGCUCGGAGGCGGCCAUCGCAGUUCGGUAUCAAGGGAGGAAAAUCGCCGGCCUUUCCAAACAAAGAUCUUUCACCUUAGUUAGAAAAUGGUAG